AUGCUGUCUGCUUUGAUCAGCCCAAUCAUAAUGCUGCCUGCUUUGAUCAGCCCAAUCAUAAUGCUGCCUGCUUUGAAUAUCCCAAUAAUGAAGCUGUCUUUUUUGAUUAUCCCAAUCAUGAUGGUGCCUGUUUUGAAUAUCCCAAUAAUGAAGCUGUCUUUUUUGAUUAUCCCAAUCAUGAUGGUGCCUGUUUUGAAUAUCCCAAUAAUGACGCCGUCUUUUUUGAUUAGCCCUAUCAUGAUGCUGUCUGUGUUGAAUAGCCCAAUUGUGAUGAAGACUCCCAAUCAUGAAGCUGCGUGUUUUGUUCAUCCUAUCAUGAUGCUGUCUGUUUUGAAUGGCCAAAUCAUGAUGCUGCCUGUUUUUAUUAUCCCAAUCAUGAUGCUGCCUGUUUUAUUCAGCCCAAUCGUGAUGCUGCCUGUUUUGAAUAGCCCAAUCAUAAUGCUGCCUGUUUUGAAUAGCCCAAUCAUGAAGCUGUCUGUUGUUUAG